AUGAUCCUCGCGUCGUGCUUGACGCGACAGAGCGACAAACGCUUGCUCGCCAGCGCCGUCUGUCACGAUGACCAAGCUGCUCCACAAAUGCUGCAAACGGCUCUCGACAUGCUCACGCACGCCAAGCUCAAUGCAUCAGGAAGCAUUCUCAAUCCAUCUUUCCACUUGCACUACGUGGUCGACGAGGCCGUGGCCUUUACCGUCCUGGUCGAUCCGACGUGUGCUGUGACCACCGCACAAAGGUAUUUGUUUGAGCUGCGCAGCGAAUUUCAAGGGUAUUUGACGACGCCACAAGGCUACAUGGCCGCGAUGGCGCUGACACCCCUCGCAUGCACCGCCUUUGAGAGUGAGAUGGAUCACCUGCAUACCAAGUACAAUAUGACGCUCGUGAUCCACAACGAUAUCACGGAGAUCAUGCAUUUGACGUGGGCGGUUCAGAGGCUUGGUGCCAUGUAUCAAGGCAUUGACGACGAGGUGGAGCGCCAGCCGUUGUUUUUGCCGGACGAUUGGGAUGCGGAUACGUGGCCAUUCCACGUCUACUGGAUGUACAAGGCUAGCGCGGUUGUUGGCCACGGCAAGGCUGUCCAACGGGUGCUAAAGAAGGGCCUCGUCAUCCUCGCCAACACCAAGCCGACUGCGUCGGGGACCGUGCUUGAAGCAGCGUUUUGCUUGCACUUCGAGGUUGACGGCUCUGUGAUUUUUGCUGUCGUCGUGCACCGCCAGUACGCAGCGUCCCUCGCGCACAAGUACUUGUACGAGCUGCGUGAAGCCUUUUACGCAUAUCAAAUGACGCCGCUCGGACACAUGUGCCUCUUCGUACGCAAGGUUCGUCGUGUUGAUACAGAUGAGUGUUGUAGGACUGGGACGGCGUUGACACCGCUAGCGUGCGCGGCUUUUGAGCCCGAAAUGCACCGACUCCACGCAAGAUACGAUGAGAACCUGGUGCUGCACUCGGAUGUACUCUUGGAUUUGCACCUGACGCUGCAUUUACCGGCGAUCCGAGAAGCUGCUCGGGCCAUCAACGCUGAGAUUAUCAACCAGCCACUGCUUAUACCAGACGACGAGUGGGACGGCGCCAGCGAGCCAUCGCACGUGGCCUUGAAGCGUCAGCUGCGACGUCAUCGUCGUCUCGCUGUGCUUGUCAUCGCCGUUCUACUAGCGCUAUGGGUUUGGUGUGGACGCUGAGGCCGUGAUCCGCACAGUGAAAUUUGCGUUUCACGUUUCCAAACAAAAAAUGCUUGCUUUUGUGCCAG